AUGUGGGACCCUCGCGGGGCUGAGGCGUGCGCGGCGGCGCUCGGGGGCGCGCUCUUGCUGCUGCUCUUCGCGUUGGGCGUCCGCCAGCUGCUGAAGCAGAGGCGGCCGGCCGGCUUCCCCCCGGGGCCGUCGGGGCUGCCCUUUAUCGGCAACAUCUACUCGCUGGCCGCCUCAGCCGAGCUCCCGCACGUCUACAUGAGAAAGCAGAGCCAGGCGUACGGCGAGAUCUUCAGUUUAGAUCUUGGAGGUAUAUCAACUGUGGUUCUAAAUGGCUAUGAUGUAGUGAAGGAGUGCCUUGUUCAUCAAAGUGAAAUUUUUGCAGACAGACCAUGUCUUCCUUUAUUCAAGAAGAUGACAAAAAUGGGAGGCUUACUCAAUGCCAGAUAUGGCCGAGGAUGGGUUGAUCACAGAAGAUUAGCUGUAAACAGCUUUCGCUAUUUUGGAUAUGGCCAAAAGUCUUUUGAAUCUAAAAUCUUAGAAGAAACCAAAUUUUUCAUUGAUGCUGUUGAAACAUACAAAGGUAGACCGUUUGACUUUAAACAAUUAAUAACAAAUGCUGUUUCAAACAUAACCAAUCUGAUCAUUUUUGGAGAACGAUUCACCUAUGAAGAUACUGAUUUUCAGCACAUGAUUGAGUUAUUUAGUGAAAAUGUGGAGCUAGCUGCCAGUGCCUCAGUCUUCCUGUAUAAUGCCUUUCCAUGGAUUGGCAUCUUACCUUUUGGAAAACUUCAACAGCUGUUUAGAAAUGCAGAUGUGGUCUAUGAGUUUCUCUCCAGGCUUAUUGAAAAAGUUUCUGUCAACAGAAAGCCUCAGUUACCUCAGCAUUUUGUUGAUGCUUAUUUAGAUGAGAUGGAUCAAGGUCAAAAUGACCCGUCAUCUACUUUCUCCAAAGAAAACCUCAUUUUCUCCGUGGGUGAGCUCAUCAUUGCUGGAACUGAAACUACAACCAAUGUGCUACGGUGGGCUAUUCUUUUCAUGGCCCUUUAUCCUAACAUUCAAGGACAAGUUCAGAAAGAGAUCGAUUUAAUUAUGGGACCCAGUGGGAAGCCAUCUUGGGACGACAAAUGCAAAAUGCCUUAUACUGAGGCAGUUUUGCACGAAGUUUUAAGAUUCUGUAAUAUAGUGCCAUUAGGGAUCUUCCAUGCAACCUCUGAAGAUACAGUUGUACGUGGUUAUUCCAUCCCUAAAGGCACAACAGUAAUUACAAACCUUUAUUCUGUACACUUUGAUGAAAAGUACUGGAGAGACCCAGAAAUAUUCUAUCCUGAGCGAUUUUUGGACAGCAGUGGAUAUUUUGCCAAGAAGGAAGCUUUCAUUCCUUUCUCCUUAGGGAGAAGACAUUGUCUUGGAGAACAGCUGGCUCGGAUGGAAAUGUUCCUGUUUUUUACAGCAUUGCUUCAGCGGUUUCACUUGCAUUUUCCACAUGAACUGGUUCCAAAUCUAAAACCCAGGUUAGGCAUGACAUUGCAACCCCAGGCCUACCUCAUCUGUGCAGAAAGACGCUGAAAGCGCCUGGCUGUUUUGUGGAACAAGGCUGUAUGUUCGCCUCACCCUUGAACCUUGUUUAAUCACUGUGUGUGUUUUGACAAAAGUCACAGCAUCAUAAAGCCAAAUGAACACAGAUGUGUCUUUAAAAAUCAUACUAACACAGUAAGCAUUAGCUAUGAUUUUUUUCAAGCUUUUAUGACUUCUAAGGUAGAAUUAUCUGUUGAGGAAAACAAAGGCUCAAUGACAGGUAUUGCUAAGAAGGGCCAUUGAUGUCCUAAGCAGAGCCUGAUUUUUCAGCCUCUUAUUAAGUACCAGGUACCUCCCAUCCCUUCCUGACUCCGUCUUGCUCCUGUUCUGGGGGCUUUGCUUCCAAAUCCCAAUGCCAGCUCCCUUCUGGUCUGGUACUAGUUCAGUUUAUUAGAGGACUAAAGGAGAAAUUAGAACCUAAAUAAAUGAGUUUGGACUACAGAGGUAUUGUAGACAUAGUGGCAGAUGAUAGAAGAAAUAUCUAUAUAUUUAAUGUAGAACCUACCAGUGCUUUCAAAUCUUGCUCCCUUCUAUGUCUUCAUAAGAAUUAUGUCAUGCUUCCUAUAAAUGAGGGACUCAGUGACCCCUGAGUAUCUGUCCCCGUAGCAGCAGUUCAUUAGGUAGGAAAUUACAAUUAUAUAUUUAAAAUAAAAAUGACAUGUGACUAUUAAUUCUUUGUAGGCACGGACAUUUUCUCUAGUACCACUCUUUUCCAAAACCAGUCACAGGGUUUAAAGAUUGAAUCCUUUUACCUUUGUGAAGUCUCUGGGAAUUUCCUUCCAUUACUGUUAUUUUUCUAAAGAUAAUACUAUUCAAAUCUAAAGAAACAUGCUUUAGAUCCAGAGUAAUUGUAUAAAUUGGGACGCUUGAGAGUGAUGGGCUUGUAUUAAUAAUUAUGCCAGGAAAUCAAGUGUAAACUGUGACUGUCCUGAUCAAACUGGUGUGCAUGUCCAACUAUUUAUUGUUUUUUUUACAUUAUUUCUUCUAAAGUUUUACAUUAAGAUUCAUGCUCUUGUAACUUGGCUCAUGAAUAGUCACAGCCUCAGAGUAAAUGCACAUAACAAUGACUUCUGUUAAGAAUAUCAAUUUAACCUUAGUUUGACUCAUCUGUUGAAUAUUUUCAAGUUUCUGUGUGGUAAUUCAGGCGUCUUUGCAUCCCUGAUGCUUUAAGAUGUUUCUAAUUGCAAGGGGAAGAUAAUCCUGUGCAAAUUUACUUAAAUAAUAACGGCAGUAUGGCAGUUUUAGCGUAGGUAUGACCUGGAUGCUCCAUGAUGUAAUCAAAGAUCUUGUUUCUUUGCAUCUCUCAAUUUUGCCUUCCAGAUGGUAUCAGCUUUAUCUUAAGGCUGGCUCAUGGAAGCACAUGUGUUUUUCCCACCUCUUUGUAGAGAGAGUGAGCUUGGAUUGUUUCUGGGAGAGCAAGGGAACUUUUUAGAUGUUCCCCUAAAACUGUUCUUUGUGUCCCAUGGGUCCUAAGUAAGUUAUGUCACCAUCCAUUGAAACUAUGUCUUGUGAGUGGGAUUAUGGUUCACUUGGGCUGACUGCUACUGCCAGUGGUUGAGUUGGCAUCCUCCAAAGUACAUGUGCUACAUUUGGGUGAUAAACUUACCUAACAAAAAUCAGGAGAGUUAUGAAGAGAAGAGGAACUCCUGGCUAAGAGACUAAUUACAAUAUGUAUCUUGCUGCCCUCUGACCACCUGCUAAGCCAAGCAACUUUCCAGCCUACCUCCCUGACUCUUGACAAACGUACUCUUUCAAGUUGUUCUUUGAUCUUUGCUCUUCCUUUAAAGAGAAAAUCUCUCAUCCUUGGCCUCCUACUUCCUGGCAUAUCUCCUAUAAAUGCCUAAGUUGAACUAUACAGACUGGGGAUUCUGGAGGCUUAGUGGCCUUACUGAGCAAAGCAACAUAGUGAACUGGAGUAGAUUAUAAUCAAAAUUGAGGAGGCCUUAUUUUGUUCUUGAAUACUACCACUGUUUCUUCUAGGAUGGUUAAGAACGCCAUAAACCUACACAGAAUGGAGAACAUGCUAUUUAUUUUCUUGUAUAUAAGGAAGUGUUUAUAUUUUUCCUUAAUCAAGUUAAUGCCGACCUGACAAAAAUCAUAAAAGAUGUAGAUUCGUAACUUUUUAAAGGUGGAAGAGCUUUAAUCUCAAUUAAUAUGUUCAUUUUAUAGCCAAGGAAAUAGGGGUUCAGACAGGGGAAGUGAUUUCUCUAGUUCAUAGCAGAGGCAUGCCUUUUUCAUCCCAUAUUCUUUUUAUGCACACCCAAUAAUUUAUACUAUGCUUUACGAUUUAUAAGGUUGCUUUUCAUAUACUGUCAACUCUUGACUGUUUGGACCGAAUUAACUGUGGUAAAAAUAAAAUAGUACA